GAAGAAGACGAGUCAGCUGAAUAUACAGCUAGUAAAAUUAUUAGCAAGUUCAAAAACCCUAAUCAUGAUAAUCCCGCCUUUUUGGAAUGCGUUUGACAUUCACGGUUACAUUUGUCUUUUCCGCUUUUGGUGUCUUCAAUCUAUUUAGGAGGCUAGUGGAAAUCUCUCAGUUUGAGUUUGUAUAAGUAAUUGUGACUUUCAUGAUGUUAACAUGGAGUUGUGGAAAGAACCGUUGUAUCUCAAUCAAAAGUUGCGCAGGGAUCUGAUAUUGCAAAAAGGGGUGCCGAGACUAUAACUUGUGUAGAUAUUGAUAGAAUGGAAUGUGAAAAUGGUUCUGAAGAUGCUACUACAAUUGCCCCUUCGAAAAUUGUGAGAGAGGACUCUGCCAUUAGAGAAGACAAUUCUGGUCCCUAUUGUGCAUUUCAAUCAGAAUCUAUGAGCCAAGACCCUUGUUCUAAGUUAGACAAUUAUGAAUCCAAAAAUUCAUUUGCUACACAGGAGGGGAAGUUUUCAUGUCAUGAAGAGGUUUCAGAGGAGGGAAUUCGAUCAGAUUGUGCCCAGGCAGAUUCUCUAUCUAAUGAUAAGCUAGUCAAUGAGAAAUCAGAUGCUAAUAGAAGCAUGAACAAGAGUUCGUCAUCAAGUCAUGCUUCUGACAAUGCUAAUAAUUCUGCUAUUGAAAGUGAUCACUCAUCAGAUAAUUAUUUCAGUGCAUCAGAAACGGAUACCAUCGAUAUGGAAGUUGAUUAUGUUAUCUUUAGGGGUAAUCACUGUGCUGGAUGCCUGAUAACUUUUUCUUGUGGUGGCAUUAAAAUCAGUGGCAUGUCUACACAUGGAGGCGAUGGGACUUUUAAUUUUGAAAGGGCAAUCGAUGAUAUUAUUCGUAUCGAGUCUCAGCAGUUUCAAAGGUUUGGAACUGUCACUGUUAAGGUCCAUGUACAGUCAAAGGAUGUUGCACAAGCUUCCAAUGCCUAUGGGGUUGAGCAGCUGGAGUUUGCAGUCGUUGAUAUCAACUGGUCUGAGAAAUUGGAAGAACUCGCAUCCCUUAAUGUUAAAUAUUUAGAUUUAUCUGAUGCUGUGCACAAUUCGGAUGUAAUGGAUGGAGGAGCGGACAUACCUCAACGGACACCGUAUUUUCCAGUUUUUGAUGGAGCUAUUGAAGAUGUUAUCUAUCCAGAAGGGGAUUCAGAUGCGGUUUCCAUUAGUAAGAGAGAUUUUGAUCUACUACUACCUGAGACAUUUAUCAACGACACUAUUAUUGACUUCUAUAUCAAAUAUUUGAAGAACCGGAUUCCACCUGAGGAAAAACAUAGAUUCCAUUUCUUUAAUAGUUUUUUCUUUAGAAAGCUUGCGGAUCUGGACAAAGAUCCGUCCAGUGCUUCAGAUGGUAGGGCUGCUUUUUUACGUGUUCAUAAAUGGACAAGGAAAGUGGAUAUAUUUGGAAAAGAUUAUGUUUUCAUCCCUGUAAAUUUCAGCCUUCACUGGAGUUUAUUAGUAAUAUGUCAUCCUCCUGAGGUGGCUGGUUUUCGAGAUGAAGACAUGGGGAAGUCUUUUAGAGUGCCAUGCAUUCUACACAUGGAUUCUAUCAAAGGAACACAUGCAGGUCUCAAAAACCUUGUUCAGAGUUAUCUAUGGGAAGAGUGGAAAAGUAGGCAUAAGGAGACAUCGGAAAAUCUGGCUUCAAAUUUUUUGAAUUUGCGGUUUGUUUCACUUGAGUUGCCGCAGCAGGAAAAUUCAUUUGAUUGUGGCCUAUUUCUACUUCACUACCUUGAGCUCUUUUUGGCAGAGGCCCCUGUGAAUUUUACUCCAUUCAAAAUAAAUGAACUCUCAAAAUUUCUCAGCAUGGACUGGUUCCCCCCUGCAGAGGCUUCUCUGAAGCGUACUCUUAUCCAAAAGCUGAUUUCUGUGCUUGUUGAAAAUCGUUUGCGCGGAUUCUCUUCUGGCGAUUGCAGUGAUGAACCGGAGUCUAGUUCUCUAGAAAAUAAUGCGAAGGAAACUAGAGUUCAGUUUUUUUCAGAGAGAUGCCCCCAGGCUGAAGCUUGCCAUGGGAAUUUAUCAAGUUCUGAUGCUGCAAAAGGGAUUGAAAUUACUCUACUGGAAGCAUCGAUGAGGAAUUCUGAGUGUAUUAAUGAUUCAGGUUUGGUUCUCAGAGAAUUUUUUGAGCCAGGAGCUGCAGCAGGAUCAUUACUUGGACAGUGUUCAUCCUUUGAGCAGCCGGCAUUUUACACUCUUAAUGGUGCUAUGUCACAACAGACAGAGGACGAUGGAGAAACUGGGGAUCAGUUUGUGUAUUAUCCGUCUGGUGAUUCUAUCUAUCAACAGAUUUCCGGUAUGACACCUCAAACUCAUUCGAAUCCAUUCUCAUCUAGAGGUGUUGGUGCCAAUUCCUCAUGGAAUCAUGGAAAUUGUAUGGAAGGAGAGAUUGAUGGCUCAUCCCCAGAAACAUCUGCAUGUGGCUCUGAUGAUUCUGAGUUAGGGAUUAUCGAGAGUUUCUCCAUUUUGAAAGAUACAGAUCUAUGUCACGGAAAGAGAGGGGGUCAACAAAAUUCUUUGUCAAUUGAUAACAUGGAAUGUCUUACAGAGAGACUUGCUUCUGGCACUAGCGAGAUGCCAGAAACCUCUGCGACAAAAGGUGCUGAAGAUACAAACGGUGAACUGGCUUUAUGCCGAGAUAUUCCAGCUAUAGAUACAAAUGUGGUUGGAAAUACAUUGCAUCAACACUCUGUGAAACCCGAGAUCAUCAGUGAUGUGUGCGAUGAUGUGCAAACAGCUGAUGAUCAAAGAGUGGGUGAUAACGAGAUUGCAGAAUCAGACGAGAAACAUCAAAUCGACGGUAAAGCAAUGGAAAACUCAGAUGAGACCGAGAGGCAAACAGUCGAUAAUAAUGCAAUGGAAGAGUCUGAUGGGAAGCUAAAGGUCGACGGCGAUAAUACAAAGGUGGAAUCAGAUGAGAAGCAAACAGUAGUUGAAAACAUGAUGGUAGAUCGAGACGAGAAACUAAAAAUGAAUAAUAGGAGUAGGAUAAUAGAAUCAGAUGAAGAAGAAACUGCAGCAAAAAGGCGUAGGGUUACACAUCCUCUUGAAGGGGAAGAAGGAGAUAGAGAUUUGGACGGGGAUCAGGCAAAAGAUGAGCAUUUGUAGUGUAGAAGAUAGUAGCAUUAGUUGACAUAAUCAAUUUGCUGGAUCUCACUCCCAUGUAUUUUGUGAAUAUCAUAUAUCUAGUUCAUGCCACGUGUCCAUAAUUACUUGCAACUGAGAAUGUAUUUUUGGGGAGAUUUAUUUCCCUUUUAAGUUUGUAUGAUUAGUAUCAUAUGUCCCUCA